UUUUUUUUUUUUUUUUUGAGUGGAUUCCACAAAUUUCUUUUGACACUAAAUUGAAAGCCUGUAAGUUUGGUGUUGGACAUUAACAAACAAAACAAAACACGAAAUUGACAUGAUGUUUCCACAAUCCAGACAUUCAGGUUCCUCUCAGUCUUCGCAGCAGCUGAAGUUUACAACUUCUGACUCCUGUGAUCGAAUUAAGGACGAGUUUCAGUUCCUCCAGGCGCAGUAUCACAGUUUGAAAUUGGAGUGCGACAAGCUGGCCAGUGAGAAGUCUGAGAUGCAGCGCCAUUAUAUCAUGUACUAUGAAAUGUCCUAUGGCCUGAACAUUGAAAUGCACAAACAGGCUGAAAUCGUGAAGAGGUUAAACGGGAUCUGUGCUCAAGUCCUCCCCUAUCUGUCACAAGAGCACCAGCAGCAGGUCCUGGGCGCAAUCGAACGUGCCAAACAGGUGACCCCUCCAGAGAUGAACUCCAUCAUUCGGCAGCAGCUCCAGGCUCAUCAGCUCUCCCAGCUCCAGGGACUGGCCUUGCCGAUGACCCCCCUGCCCCUGGGCCUCACGCCCCCCUCCCUGCCCGCCGUCACCACCAGCUCCGGCCUCUUCUCCCUCUCCAGCAUCCUGGCCUCGCAGGCACAGCUGGCCAAGGAGGAGAAGGCAGCGCGAGAGGGGGGAGACAACCACCGGGACGAGGAGGCUGAGAAGUCAGACUAGCACCGAGGGGGCAGGCGGGGCGGCUUUACUAAAGUUCAUUUCUCUUCUUGUCUGUCUUCUGUCUCAAUGAAUCCUUCACAGGCUCUCCCUUUUCAACACAUACAACAAACACAAUCACACAAACACUAGCAAUGAUUGGCAGGCAGGGCAGAAAAGGAAUUUGUAUCUAGUUGUUUUUUAAGCUGGGUGACUCUACGCUAAGCCCUGGGAGUUUCCUGAAAUCCUUAAACACAAUUAAGUAGGUUUUUGUGUGAAAAGUGACAAGCCGAACAGAAACUGAAAAUCAAAACUGAUGUUGGGUAAGCUGCUUGAGUCCGAUCUCUCUCUCUCUCUCUCUCUGGUUGAGUCGUGACAGGACAGACAGGGUUAACGCUGUGGCUUCUCUGUUGUGAAUCGUUUUCUGAAUCCCAGCGGUCUGAGACAAACUCGCUCACAGGAGCAGGUGUCCCCCGGGCUGCCCGCCCCCUUCAACAUCACCACCAUUAACAAGAAGACUUUCAACUUCUAUCCAAGUGGCACUCCAGAGCAGCUACAGCAAUUAAAAACACAGGGAUUUGAAAAUGAAAUAGAAGAAAAACAUUUCAAUAAAUAACAAAACAUGACCUCGGUUCAGCAUGCCGAAUACCACCGCCUCUCCACCUCUCUGUAUCCCUUUCUCCACCUCUGUAUCCCUCGCUCCACUGCUCUAUCACUCUCCACCUCUCUGUAUCCCUCUCUCCACCUCUGUAUCCCUCUCUCCACCUCUCUGUAUCCCUCUCUCCACCUCUCUAUCUGUCUUCACCUGUAGUCAUUUUAUUAAUCUUUAGCAGAAAUAUAAAAAGCUGAUUUUAUCUGUUCCUGAUCAGGAUAUUAUUUUAAUUUUUUUGAGGGGUGCCCCUCCUAGAUGCAAAGAGAAACUGAAAACAAACAAUAGAAUAUACGUGUAAAAUUAAAGGCAGCGUGAUUUUAGCUGGGUUCCACUUCUUAUAUUUUAAACAAUAAAUAAACAUCGCAGAGUAUACCAUUCUCAGAUAUUCAAACUGGCUUCGACAACAACAACAAUAAAUAAGGAUUGGAGCAGCUCCACUUUACAAGCUUGGUAAUGUUCUUUGAUUUUUUUUGUUUUGGUUUUUCAAUUCUCUUGUGUUGUCUGUAAAAUGUUAAGUGUGUAUUUGGCAGAUGUGUGUUUGUGUCAUGGAAACCAAUACUAUAGCUUGGUUUAAAAAAAAAAAAAAGUAAAGGUUUAAAAAAACAAGAAAACAAAUCUACUAAAGAUGAGAAGUUUCAGCAGUAAGGAAGUAUUUAUGGUGCCUUACAAAUAAAAAAAUGGAAAGAGG